AUGGGGUGCUGCGCCUCCAAGCCAGACCCGGAGAAGGCGGCGAAGGCGCCUAAGGACGAGGUCGUCGAGAGCGGGAAGAGCGACGACGCCCCGAGCACGAGCGGCGCGUCGCCCGACGCGCCCUCCGACGGAUCUCGUCGCGAGAAUGUUUUCGCGGCGUCGGCACCGCUCUCGUCGGAACGAUUCGCGAGCCCGAGCGACGUCGCCGUCGACUCCGCGCGAACGAGCGGGGACGGCGACGACGACGCGGAGUCCGCGUACGCGCAGAAGGUGGCGACCGACGUCGAAGCCGCCGCGGACGCGGCGAUACGCGAGUCCGUCGUCAAGGUCGAGGCCGCCGCGGAGGCGAGGAUGGAAGCGCGCGCGAUCGCGAACGAUUCCACCGCGUCCGCCGAGGCGCGCGCGCGCGCCGCCUCCGCGGCCGCGGACGCGGAGAAGAUGGAAGCGCGAGCGCACGCGGAGAUGGCCGCCGCGAGGAAGAUGAAAGCCGCGCUCGCGCUCGCGUUCGCCAAGGCGAACAAGAACACCGCGCGGUGGGUGAGCGCGUCCCGGAACGUCGCGGCGAGGAGAAGCGAGGACGGAGAGGCGACCGCGCGUCUCGAGGCUGCGCGCAGGGCGAAAGAGGAGGAGGAAGCGCAUUCGCGCGCGGAGGCGCUGGAGGUGGAGCACAUCGCCGCGGACCACGUCAAAAACGCGACGCAGUGGCUCAGCGCGACGAAGAGGGUCGUCGAGGACGCCGCCGCGCGACGAUCGAACCGCGCGAGACAAUUCGAAGAAAUCGUCGCCGCGGAGAGAGAAGCCGCGUCGGUCGCGGAAGCGCUCGCGCACGAGGAAGCCGUCGCGGCCGCGCGAGCGGAGGUCGAGGCGCACCACGACGCGGUCGCGAAAGCGGAGGCCGCCGCGAGGGCGAAGCACGACGCGGAGGCGUUCGAGACCGCGUUGGAGGAGGCGACGCGCGAGGCGGCCGCCGCGGAGCGCGACGCGUCCGCGGAAGAGGCGCUCAGGGACGAGGCCCGCCGCGUCGCCGCGGAGGCCGCCGCGGCCGCGGAGGCCGCCGCGGCCGCGGAAGCCGCCGCGCACGCGGCGUCGAUGGAGAAAGCCGCCGCGGAGGCGGCGGCGCGCGCGGACGCGGAGAGGAAAGCGGUGGCGGAAAUGCGCGCGCACGAGGAGGCGGUCGCGCGCGCGAAAGCGGAGGAGAAAGCGCGGCGAGACGCCGCGGAGGAGGAGCUCAGGCGAAUCGAAGCGCGCCGCGUCGCCGCGGAGGCUGCCGCGCUCGCCGCUGAGGCGAAAGCCGCGGACGACGUCGCGCGUUUGGAGCGCGAAGCCGCGGCGCGCGCGGAGGAGAAAGCGCGCCAACGCGCGGAGGAGAAGCGUCGCCUCGCGGAGACCGCCGAGGCGAGAAUCGUCGCGAUGGCGCGCGAGGUGGAGCGCGCGAACGCCGCCGCGGCCGCCGCGGAGGCCGCGGUCGUCGCGGCGUCCGAGGCGGAGGACGCCGCGGCCGCGGACGUCGACGCGCGCGCGGCGGCGGCGGAGGCUGAGCGCGCGGCGGAGGCGGCGGAGGACGCGUUGACGCUCGCGAGGGACGCGGAGACGCGCGCGCGCGAGGAGCGCGUCCGCGCGGCGGAGGAGGACGCGCGCGCGCGCGAAUUCGCGGAGGUGGCGGCGACGGCGGAGUCGCACGCGCGCGCGGCGGCGGAGCGACGGGCGCGGGACGCGGAGAGCGCCGCCGCCGCCGCCGCCGCCUCCGCCGCCGCGGAGGAGGACGAGAGAGAAAAGGAGGCGGCGGCGAAGCGCGCGAUCGAGGCGAAGCUCGCCGCGGACGCCGCCGCCGCCGCGGAGACGGCGGCGCGCGAGGCCGCGGAGGCCGCGGCGAGGGCGGAGCGGGUCGCGCGCGCGGAAGCGGCGGAGAAGGCGGAGAGAGAACGCCGCGCGCACGAAGACGCGAUGGAGAAAGAGCGCGCGAGGGACGCCGCGGCGGCGGCGGAGAGGCGGUCGGAAGACGAGGCGAGGGCGCGGGACGCGGCGCUGAGAGCCGCGAACGAGGUCCGCGCGAUGGCGGAGGCGGCGUUCGACCUCGACGCGAGCGGAGAGAUCCCGUGCCGCCCGAUAGACGACGACUCGGACUCGGACUCGGACUCGGACUCAGUCGACAGCGUCAGCAGCAGCAGCGACGACGACGACGACGACGCCUCCCUCGGGUCCGUCGCGAGCGACGUCGACGAGAUCGACAUCGACGAGUUCGGUCUGCCGCACUCCGACGUCACGCAUCACAGGCUCGACACGCACGCGCUGAGCAUCACGCUGACCGGGACGAUCGAGGCGAUCCGACGCCGGCGGCGGAUAUUCGACGAGCACGCGCGCGCGCCGACGGACUUUUUCGCGCGCGCGCUCGAGAGGGAAGGGAAGUGGACGCCGCCGUCGAAGACGCGGUCGCCGACGCGGUCGCGGACGAUGUCUCCGGAGGUGGAACAAAGGCUUCUGACGCUCCUCGAUAAAGAACAGCGGCGCGGCGGCGCCAGCGCCAGCGUCAGCGCGUGGUCGACGCCGACGUCGACGCCGCGGAGUUUCGUCUCCGCGAGCGACGCCGCGCGGAUUCGACGCGCCGCGGAGACGGUCGGGGCGUUCGAGGACGCGCGUCGAUCGUCGCCGUCGCCGUCGCCGCCGCCGUCGAUGAGCGCCGAGGUUGGCGAGCGGCUCGUCGACCUCCUCGAGCUCGAGGUCGCGGCGAGGGAGGGCGCAGCGACGCCGACGAGCCCGGCGCGGAGGGAACGACCCGCGCUCCGCGCGCGCGUCCCCGCGACGGAGGAGCGAUCGGCGGCCGGGAGCCCGAGGAGCCCGGCGUCCGCGGCGGCGGCGGCGCGGCGCGCGGAAAUUCUCGCCUCGACGCGCGCGGCGGCUCGCGCGGCGGAGGCGGUCGAGCGCGCGCGCGCGUGGGUCGAGCGCCCGCAGAGCGUCUCCGCCGCGUCGACGCCGCGUCGCGCGCGCGCGUCGGCGUCGGCGGCGGCGGCGAAGCCGUCGCCGAGGUCGUCGCCGCGGCCGACCGCGUCUCCGGUCGCGCGGAGGUCCCCGGGCGGGGACGGGGGUCGGUUCGCGGAUCGCGACGCGCGGCGCGAGCGCGAGGACAGGGCGAACGCGCGACGCGGCGGAGGGCGGGUCGAGUACGAGUACGAGCGCGAGUACGAGCGCGAGUACGGCGACGCCGCGUCCGCGACGCCGUCGCGGCGGUCGUCGAGCGCGCGCGAUCGGCGGCGACGCCGCGAGGAGAGAGAUCGAGAGAAGGGCGUCGAGGGAUUCAGAGCCGUGGGGAACGCGUGGAGGGGCGUCGGGCGGUUUCUCGCGGGAAGGCGGUGA